AUGAGCAGCCCUCGUCGCCGGAUCGAGACUGAUGUUAUGAAGCUGAUGAGCGACUAUGAGGUCACUCUGGUGAACGACAACAGGCAGGAAUUCUACGUCCGGUUCAAGGGACCGGCAGAGACCCCGUUCGAGGGCGGCACCUGGAAGGUCCACGUCGAGCUUCCCGACCAGUAUCCCUACAAGUCGCCCAGCAUCGGCUUCAUCAACCGCAUCUUCCACCCCAACAUUGACGAGCUGUCAGGCUCUGUCUGUCUCGACGUCAUCAACCAGACCUGGUCACCCAUGUACGAUAUGAUCAACAUCUUUGAGGUCUUCUUGCCACAGCUGCUGCGCUACCCGAACCCCACCGACCCGCUUAACGGCGAGGCUGCCGCCCUGCUGAUGCGCGAGCCCCGGAGCUACGAUGCCAAGGUCAAGGAGUACGUCCAAAAAUACGCCAGUAAGGAGGCGGCCGACGAUGCCGGCGCCGAGUCCGAGGACGAUGAUGACAUGUCGUCGGUGGGAAGCUUCGGAGACGACGACGAUGACGAGCCGGCCGGCCAGAUGGACGACGUAUAA